AAUUUAGGUGCAUGUCACUGCUGUUACUGCGCUGAAUAUGUUACAUGCUAUUACUACUACGCCUUGUAAUCAACAACGCUGGCGUUUCUUCAACACCUACCAUAUGGUUGUAUGAAGAAUCGGGUAGUGGUGAAAUUUGCUUUUUCCUUUGCUUGAAAUAAUAAAUUUAUUCUUUUUAUUGUUUCAUCCUAUUAUAUCUCAAGCGUUCUCGCGCUUUGUUAGAUUCUAGAUUGCGGUCAUUGGUCGAUCUAUUAUCCAUCGAUCGAUCUGUCUUAUACCAUUACCAUUAGCAUCUCCCCCCUUUUAUCGAUAGCGGAGCAUCAUCGUCGCAUUGCAUUAAUCUACAUUGUGCAUUUUGACUUAUACAGCUCAUCUACUAUCUACACAUAUAUACAAUCAACCCACAAGACUCGAUCUAUCCAAAAUGAGCUCCACCGAAGCCGUCGUCCCCUCCACAGCGGACCUACCAUCCGGGGACCCAAUCCCCUCCGCCAGCGCCGCACCGCCAUCCAAACCGCGCCCGUUCCCAAUCCGCGACGUCAUCGCCGCGGCGCCCUCCAACAUCGAUGCUUUCCUAGCGCACGUACAGCGCUGUCUUCAGACACCCUCCGGCAUCGACACAACCCUCCUCUUCCUAUGCUACGCCUCGCGCCUCUCAGCCGGUAUCCUCGAAUCCGUCUCGCGCCCCGCGAUCAAGCGCUCCGCGCAACAACUCCUCGCCCUCGCCGCUAGUCUCCCGCCCUCUGCUACUUUGGUGUUUACUAGCAAGACGUUUCCGUCGCAUGGCGUGACGGUGAUCCUGGAGUUGGCGAAGAGGUUGAGGGCUUUUAGUGCGAUGUUGAGUGAGGUGCGCACGUUUAUGCGGUUGUGGGGGCUGUUGAAUAUGUACUUCUGGCUAAGACGGCUUGUGCUGGAACGGAGAGCUAGGAAGGCUGCGCAGAAGGAGGGUGUGGAGGUGAAGAAGACGGAUGCUGUUGAGACGACAAUUUCUUGGUUCCAGCUUUCUACUUGCAUCGUCUUUCAGGCGCUCGAGAAUGGCGCGUAUCUCUCGUCUAAGGGCGUUUUGGGUUGGUCUCCGACGACCCAGCGCCGUGCCUCAUUAUGGAGCGCCCGUUUUUGGGCUGCGUUUGUGGGAGUUGAGGUCGGAAGACUGUUCUAUGAGUCGCAUAAACGCGGAUCGCGCACUAGGGCUGAGAAAUUCGGUGAUGGAAAGACAGCGGCCGAAGUCGAGGCGGAAGAAACUGAAUGGGCAAGUACAUGGCGCAGGACUGUGACGAGGAAUUUGGCCUGGGCCCCGCUUACCCUGCAUUGGAGCACGGAGGGUGGAUUACUAGAUGAUUUGGCGGUGGGGGCGCUGGCAUGUGUGCCGGGCGUUCUCGGGAUUAGGGAUUUGUGGAGGAGAACGGCGGAGUAAAGCUCAUCUUGAACGUAUGGUGUUUAAUAGUGUAGGAUUUGGGUGAAAGGUUGGGGAAUAUAGGUUUAAGACCUAUAUCUGAGACGUGAUGUAGGUCUCGAAGGAGCAGGCCAUUGUCACUGGCUUCUUUACAUCGAAGCAUUAGGAAGAUAAAACUUCCUACAUUUGGGGUUAGAAGGCUUUCAUCUUUAUAUUGCUACGUAAAGCGGAUUUCAUAGCACGUAUAGACCACCAAAAUGCCCGGCCGAAUAUUGCGUUGGCUCUUGAUAGGGGCUACAAUAGAGGCCUAUACAUUUUUUUUUUUAAAAAAAAAUGACCUCGGCCAAAUACAACGAUAAAUAAAGUGGAAGUCAAUUAUAUCUAUCACAUUUAA